AUGCAAAAUCAACUAUCGUUUAUUUCACACUAUAGAUCACUAUGGACCUUAAAUAUCCAGUAGAAAAUCUAUUAUAUUGAGAUUUUUAACUAUAAUAAGUCCAAAAUUAAACAAGAUUUUUUAUUUUAGUCUUAAAAAUCUUUGUUUUUAAUUUUUAAUAUAAAGUAAUAGCUCAAGGCUAUCCAAAUUAGCUUAAGAGCUGUACAAAGCGAUCAGUCAAUAAGCAUACAAAAUGAAAGCCAGUUCGAUUAUUCAACAAACACUGUUUCUCCAAGAAGUCAAACAAAUAACUGUGAUAAUGUGUCAGAUUCUUCUGAAACUGAAGAGGCUCUAACUCUCCUUAAUUUAUAUAAAUAUGAUUUUGGUAUAUAGAUUUUUAAAAUGAAACUUUAUGCUUUUGAGCAUUCAUUUUUUAUAUUUUAAAGUUUUUGAUUUGAAUUCAGAAAUUAAAGAAUUUUAAAACCAAUAAAAUAAAUAUAAUUAUGGACUAUAAAAUACCAAAAUUAAAAUAACAAAGGAAAAACUUCUAUUUUCUAGCCAACAAAAGGUGUAAGUGAACUCAGUUCUUCAGAAAAAGAGGAUUUUUACUCGACAGAAUUAGUCUCCAAUAAGUACCUCGCUCUACGAGCAUCGACUGCUCCAGCAAGGCCUUUAAGCGACAUUGAAGAAUUCCGGAGAAGUUCAGAUUUUUUAUUACUUGAACAUACAGUGAUCUGCGCCUCCCAGUUAAUACGAACAGAAGACAUGAAGUACGACCUCGACUCCGACGAAGGUCAAAUUGCAUGCAAAAAGCUGCUAAAUCAGAUUGAAAGGCUCUGUGACGUGUUUAAAGUGCCAUGCAUGUCCAGAAGCUACCGCAAAGGAUUUUCAAAUGCAUAUAGGGUGCUAUAUAAAGAAGGCUCUCUCUGCUACUUAACAGAGAUCCUUGACUCAGCCCAAGAAGGAUUUCCAUAUCUUUAUGUGAAUGGAGAAAAAUACUUGUUUUCCAAUGAAGUUCUGGAAGCAGGGAACAAACUGUACUCUUCUUUUUCAAAAAUUCAAAAUUCUUUCAGAGACAUUUACAAUCGGAUCUGUGACGAAACCUCUCCAGGCGUAGUUGGAGAAAUUAUAGAUAGCUUAAAAAAGGUUUUGCAAGAUUUUGACGCUGAUUGGGUCGAAUUCGAGCACUUGUAUGUACAUGAAUUAAUGGUAAUUGAGACUGAUGCAAGGCGAUUUAUAACUGAGAGUAUUGAGAUAGAAAGAGAACUUACAGUUUUUGAAACCAGAGAAAAGUCAAAAGGCAAGCUGAUUUUUGAAUCAGAUGAAUAUAACCAUUGUAGAGAAAGGCUGGUAACCAUGAUAGGAAAAAUCAACUCAGUAGCUAAUAUAGAAGGCAAAGGAAGGGAUGAUUUAACACUUGAUAUUUUAUUAGCAGCUGAAGGCAUUACAAGAAGAAUGUCAUCAUCACAAAGUAGCCCUUUAAAAUCUUUAGCAGACAAAAUCAAAAAUUCUUUUUCCAGCUUCAGAUCUCUGCUGCAGAAAUAUGAAGUAAAUAUUGAAGUAGUCGACCCUCAGCUGAAAAAUAACUCAGAUUUAGUCGAAGUCCUAGUGAAAUUUGAAGAAAGCUGAGAAAGAGGAAAAACUUAUAUAUUAAAUACAAAACGCUACAAUAGAGUUGUAUAUGUACACAGUCUGAUAGAAAAAACUGCUGAAAAAUACGAGCUAUUCAAGCAGCAGCUUGAAUACUCAGAUUCAGAGCUUUUUGUAACAAUACCUGGGCUAAUCGUGCUCCAUGCACUGGAAGAUGACAGAGGAAUAUGCAGAUACUUUUGUUCCCCUAUGUAUGACGAAACUGACGAAAUCGGCAUUGUUUGAAAAAGGCUCAAAAGAAGCUACAAGCUAGGAAAACUGGCUUCAUCUUCUACUGUAGAAUACACAGAACUGAUUGAAAUGAUGAUCAUCGGUGUCCCAAUUCCUCAGCCUCAGCGAUCACAAAUAAUCAACCCCAAAUUCGACAACCUAGACCACGUCGUAAACAAAACCAAAAAUCUUGCUAUGGCUUUGCAACGGCACCGACCUACUGAAUGGAAUAAAUUUUUAGACAUAGUCCUCUUAUAA